UGAUUAUUCUUCAUUGCUCACGUAUAUGUUCUCAGCGUAUUUAUUGUAACCACAAUAUUUCAAAGUUUUUACAGGUAAUUACGAAUCGUGUACCAGUUUUUCAACAUGGACGUUUCUGAGGCAGGGCCCUCUGGCGACAAGAUCAUUACUCGAAAAAAAAUUUACGACAUUAUGCAAGGGUAUCCCAAUAACGACAUUAACAAAAAACUGGUCUAUGCUGAAUCUUGUUUGUUAAAUUCUCGAAAUUAUUCAGAAUAACAGCGAAAAGAAGUUAUACACCUGUUGUCAAAUCUAAAAUCAGAAAUAAAACGUAGAUAGAUUGUCGCACAUUACAUAG